UAGUUCGGUAUACGAUUUUUGUUUUUUUGUUAUAAUUAAUACAAUAUAUUAAAUUUAUCGUUUUCUCUUUGCGAUAUACAUAUCAACGAAAAAAAUCCAAAACAUAAAAUUUUUAAUGUAUUUUUUUAUAAAGAAUAAUUAUAAAACUUAUAAAUUGAAAAGUAUUGAAAUCAAUUUCGCAGUUUAAAAACUUUAAAAUUAAAUUGUAUUUAAAAAAAAAAAAAAAACAAAACAAAAAGGAUAUGUCCGAAAGACCGUUGUUUGCUAUUCUUCCAAAAUCAUUAAAAUCUGGUGAUGAAGUCAUCAUUAAGGGUCACUUAAAUGAAGAUGCUAGACAAUUUUCAGUUAAUUUUACAUUAGAUAGUUGUAGUCCACCGCAAGAUGUAUUAAUUCAUUUUAAAGUAGAUUUCACAUCUAAUGAAAUUAUUUUCAAUAGUAAAGAGGAUGGAAGUUGGAACGAAGAAGAAGUUAAAAUUGAAAAUGAAUUUUUUGAUGAAAUACAACAACGUUGUCAUUUUAUUCCAGAUGAGCCUUUUAUGGUGUUAUUCCAUUUUGAUAAUCGACAAGUUUUGGUAUACGCAUUGACUGAUUUUGAAAGUGAUAUAUCAAGAAAUUUUGUUGAACAAUUUGAUUUAUCACAGUAUAUAGAUAAUAUUCAAACAGUACAAGUAUGGGGAGAUGUAUCAAAAAUUGAUGAACUUACAUUUAGAUAUUCGUAAAAUUAAAUGAGUAUCAAAACUCAUGUACAAAAUUUAAAAAUAAACUACAAAAAUGAGAUAUGUAAUUUAUAAAUGAAUAUUGAGAAAAAUUUAAAGCCAAAGAUGAAUGCUAUAAUUUAUUUUCCUGACGCUCGCAAAUAUUUAUAUACAUUUUUUAUUGUUCCUUCUUCAUACGAUAUGUAAUAUUAUCUAUUUAAUAAAUGUUUUAAUAUAUGUAUUGUAAUAUUUACAAAAUAUUUUUUUUUCGCACUUUUACAAGAUUAACUAAAAAAACUAAAAAAUAAAAAAAAAAAUUAUUUGCGUAUUUAUCACAAAA